AUGUUAUCGACUGUUAUCCGUUCUAGGAGUGAAUCUGAGUUGGAUAAAGACGAAAGCGGUUCAUCGACCAGUGAUAGCUCAUCGGAAAAUUCUAUUGGAAUCCAAGAGAAUGGCUCCAGUGCUAUCAUACCCUCAUAUAUGACUACGCAAGUACUAGAAAGUAUUCGAGAAUCAUCGCUUACCCACAAUACGAAUGUAUGCUCGAUUGAAGCAUGCGAAAUCAAUGAUCAAGCUUGUAUUUAUGGUAACUUUCAUUGUCGCUCACGUUUCAUUGCUUGA